AUGGAGCAUCCGGUGACUGUGGGUGUGACUGCUUCGGCCAUCCAAGAACAAUGUCAAGCUGACGCGACCCAACAACCUGAAUCCAAGCAGACUGAAGCACAGCUUCAACCAGCCUUGGGCAAUGAACAAUCCGAGGAUGUACAGCCGCACCUUCGUCGUGGUUUAUCACAGCAACUUCGUGGAAUUACUCAACAACUCGACUACAAAUGUGGUCCCAAAUGGGGAAAAUGCCCUAGUGGCACUUGUUGCUCGAGUGCAGGUUUCUGUGGCACAACUACCGCUCAUUGUCGUUCUCCGGAUUGUAUGAUUGACUUUGGCCACUGUGAUGCUCACAAAUCACCCAAGGGCUUCCCCACCAAAGACAUCCUUCGACCUCACAUUGGUCAGGUUCCGUAUGGCCCUCAACAGAUUCGGUCAUGUCUAGUUCCCGGAACGGUUGCUUUGACAUUCGAUGACGGCCCAACUCGUUAUACGGGAGAUCUUCUCGACUUACUUGAUCGCUAUGAGGCCCCAGCAACUUUCUUUGUCACCGGUAUCAAUAAUGGAAAAGGGCCAAUUGACGAUACUUCCUUGCCUUGGGCGGAGCUGAUUGAGCGUAUGAUGAUCAGUGGCCACCAAGUUGCGAGUCAUACUUGGUCGCAUGAGGACCUCAGCAAGGUCACUCCCCAACAACGUCGUGAGCAAAUGGAGAAGAACGAAGCUGCAUUGAGAAACAUCAUCGGCAGCUUCCCGACAUACAUGAGACCACCAUACUCGAACUGUAUUCCCGGUUCUGGCUGUCGUCAGGAUAUGGGUGAUAUGGGUUACCAUAUCAUUCUGUACGAUAUCGACACGGACGAUUACAAAAACGACAGUCCAUAUUUGAUCCAACGUUCCAAGGAUAUUUUCGAUCAAGCACUUUCUCGCGGAAACCCUGCCACAAAGUCCUGGUUGGUAAUUGCUCACGAUGCCCAUGAGCAAACUGUUCACAAUCUUACAGAACACAUGUUGAAGACAAUGAUCAGACUUGGAUAUCGUCCUGUUACUGUUGGAGACUGUCUUAGAGACGCACGAGACAAUUGGUACCGCAGGGAUAUCCGCUGGCGUGGCCAUCGAAACAACAAGAAGCAGAAGGGACCAAAGAAGCAUGGAAAGCAACUUCCAACUCAACAGAUCUCCGCCGACGGCACAUGCGGGACGAACUAUACCUGCCUCGGAUCCCCCUUUGGACUAUGUUGUGGCAGCACAAAUCUUUGCGGAAAUACCACAACUCAUUGUGGUCUUGGUUGCAUAAAGGAAGCUGGCUAUUGUGCUGUGCAAGUUCCUUCCAAUGGAGAUGCCUGGGACCCCAGUUUUCCCGGCAAAAAGAGCGGCAAAUCAGAAGCAAAUUCAAAUCUCCGAACGGUUGGCAGCGCAGCUCUGACGUCUUUGGUGUUGGCCUUGAUUGUGGCUAUGUGGAUGUGA